AAAAUGGUUAGCGUCACGUGAUCAAAUAUUGCAAUCAGCAUUUUGUGUUUGAUUUUUAUUUUAGUUUGUAAUUUGUUAAAAUUAAAAUUAAUUUAUAAAAAUGCCUUCAGAAUCGAAACCUUUACUCACUACUCCAACCGAGAAACCACAUCAUUAUACUUAUUUGAAGGAAUUCAGAGUUGAGCAGUGUACGUUGUUUUUGCAACAUAAAUGCUCUCAGCAUCGACCAUUUUCGUGUUUUAAUUGGCAUUUCCAUAACCAAAGACGUAGAAGACCAGUACGUAAAAGAGAUGGCACCUUUAAUUAUAGCGCAGAUAAUUACUGCUCCAGAUAUGACGAAACAACAGGUCUUUGUCCUGAUGGUGACGAUUGUCCGUAUUUACACCGAACCGCUGGAGAUACCGAAAGAAGAUAUCAUCUAAGGUAUUAUAAAACUUGCGUAUGUGUUCACGAUACUGAUAACCGAGGCAACUGUGUCAAAAAUGGACCUCACUGUGCAUUUGCCCAUGGAAAUCAUGACUUACGACCUCCUGUUUAUGAUAUUAAGGAGCUACAGGCUCAAGAUAUGUUGGAAAAUGCUGCCAACUCGGCAGUUAAUAAUAACGGACCUAAUGUACUUGAUAAAGAACGUAAUACUAUGAGUGAAGAUCCUAAAUGGCAAGACACCGCGUACAUAUUGGCGUAUUAUAAAACUGAAGCUUGUAAAAGACCGCCUAGGUUGUGUCGUCAGGGAUACGCUUGCCCUCAUUUCCACAAUAUUAGAGAUAAACGAAGAAAUCCUCAAUUACAUAAAUAUAGAUCAACGCCUUGUCCAAAUGUAAAACAUGGGGACGAAUGGGGUGAACCAACGAGUUGUGAAAAUGGGGAUACGUGUAUUUAUUGUCAUACUAGAACAGAACAACAAUUUCAUCCUGAAAUUUACAAAUCAUCAAAAUGUAACGACGUUCAACAAUCUGGAUACUGUCCUCGUGGAGCUUUCUGCGCGUUUGCGCAUUUGGAUGAGGAAAUGACUAUUGUACGUGAUAUGGCUGCUGCUUUAGAAGUGGGCAAGAGUUUAAGUGAAAUUUUGGAAAGUAUGGCUAUUUCAACCAAACAUGAUAAUCUUCCAACUAACGAUGAUGAUUGUAAUCUAGAAACAUCGGAUGAAACCGAUGAUUUAACUGAAAGUGAUACUGUAAGCAGUAUUGCUUCGGAAAAUUCUUUAAGUAAAGCUCCUGGAGCACAGUUAAGCAAUCAUCAAAUAAUAAGAAUUGAAUCUGCCGUUUAUAACAAUAAUACGCAUAAUGCCCAACAACAAGAACAAGACGCUCAAAAAGCGAACUGGAUAAGAAAAGAAUUAGUUGCUAUAGAAACUGAUCCGUUAUUAGAUCCAAUAGAACGCGCUCAACGAAAACAAAGUUUAUACGAAGAGUACAGCAAUUUAUCGAGUACGAGUCCUAGCAAUGUCAAUGGUAUCUGUUUAAAUAAUAAUAUAAAUUCUGGAUUAGACCUAUCACCGUUGUCCAGCCAUUUUAGGUAUAACAACGAUAACAUAGAAUCCGUAUUAGGUUCCAAAGUGGAUGAUUUACAAUUAGAUGAUACUACUUUACCGUUAACUUCUGUAAUAGAUCGUGAAUUUGAUAAAUGCGCUUCGUUAAAUAAUUCUAUAUCUGCUGGGUUACAAAGUUCUGGUAUAUUAUGCCCAACGCCUCCUGUUAAUAUUCCAAGUUCUGCUUUAAAUGAUCAAAAUCAAGUGAGUCGGUUUUCUCCUGUGACAUCUCCUCUAAUGAAUUCGGGAUUUUUAUCAUCUCGUUUUCACACGGAGCCAAUUGACAAUACUUUUCUGAAUCAUACCUCUUCGUUACAAGGUAUUACUAAUAACUCGGUGAAUAAUACCAAUAAACUAAACGCCGUUGGCUCGCAAUUCCGAACUGCAUCACCAUUGUAUGAUUUCCCAUUACCGUCUAGCGUUGUAGGUGCGCCUACGAAUGUAUUAAAUCGCCAAAUUUUACCUCUAAGUAAUAGUUUCUCAUUUAGCUCCGAGGAGAAAAUUAAAAGCACCACUGAAAUUUUACGUAGAGAAACGGAAAAUUUACAAAGAAAAUUGAACAUCGCAGAACAACAACGUGAUGAGGCUGUAGCUCAAGCUAAAGAUCUUAAAAAAGAAGUGGAUUUAUUGCAAGGAUCGCCAUAUUUACACGGGUUAAGAAGAAUAUCAGAAUUGAAAAAUUUAUCAUUGUCAGCUUUAAAAUCGUUGCAAUCUCAAUUAAAAACUGAUUUAGAAGAAAUCGAAAAAGUUUUGUACCUUCAAACAGCGACGAAGUGCAUAUUAUGCGAGGAAAACAAUCGUAGUGUGACUUUAGGACCUUGUAACCAUUUUGUCAUUUGUCAUAGUUGUGCGCCAUCACAGAAGAUGUGUCCGUAUUGCCAAACACCCAUAGCUACACAAACGUCUUCGGUUUCUAGUUCCGCAUAACAGUCUUGAAAUUUUGCUCCGAAAUGUCAAUUAUAAAUCGUAAUAGUAUUAUAUUAUCAGUUUUGUGAGGAUAUUUGAUACGUAUGAUUUUAUCUUUUUUGCGUUUACAUUUCACAAUUUACAAUUGCAAUAAUGAAUUUGAUUUAAUACAAAAAGUUUAUGAGUUAUUUUUAAUAUCAAGGUACAGCUAUAAUUCAGUACCCUAAAGUUAUUUUUAAUUACUUAGUAUUAUAUAUUUUUUUUAAAUAAGUUUUUUAGACGCCCAUGAUAAAGGAGAGAUAUUUUUGACCUUUUAUUAAUUGAAGUACAAGUUUUUAAUAUUUUACUAUUUUUUACUCAAAUUUUUUCAUGGAAUACCGUUUGCUACAAUUUUUUUAAAGACAAUAAUAAAAAAGUAUUUUUAUUAUUAUAGAAAUUUCUAUAAGUGUAAUGAAAGGGAUUUCAAAUAAUUUUACUAAAUGCAUACGUGAUUUGACGUAAUUUUGAUCUUUAUAAUUACUCAAAUAUUUUUUUCUUACUUCUAAGAUACCUAUUUUUAUUAAAAAAACUUUUAAAUUUAUUAAAAAUCAUAGUUGAAAACAUAUUUUUAUAAAUUACGUUUAAAACUUAUGUGUCAAGUUGCGAGUUUUUUUUUAAUGAUUUAAACACUCUCUUAAAGUAGUGACUGCGUCGUUAACGACGAAUUAAUAACCAAUGUCUUUCUGCAUUUAUCAGUUUUGAAGAAUCACUCGAUUGUUUUGAUCAGUUUAUUUUAUACAUAAUUAUAGUUCGUCAACGUAAAGUUUAUUUCUACUUUUUUUCCAGUUAUAAUUGUAAGUUUUUUACGAUAAUUUUAAAAUAACUCAAGGUGUUUUUUUGCUAUUCCUAUAUUUUUUUUCAAAAUAAAACAUAAAGAAGGGACGCGAUUCGAGUAGAAUCGAGAUGCUGAUUAAGUCUGAAAUCGUUUAAAUUAAAAAGUUGAUAUUUCGAUCAAAGCCUUACCUCACAAGAAACAUUUUUUUUUUUCAUUUUGUACAUAAUUAUGAUAACGAUAGGAGGCUGAUAAUAACUAUUAUUAUUAUUUUCUUUUUAAUAUAAGUUUUGUAAUUACGACAAGGCAUGGUUUUAAAAGUUUUGAGACGUAAUUGUAUAGAAUUUUUUAACUUUCCCUUGAAUAAUUUUGAUUCAAAACCGCUAAAACUUUUUUUGAAACUUCAGUUUUUAUGUUACUACGAUACAUUUGAAAAAUGUAUAGUUCAUGAAUAAAAUGAUUUUAUCUCGUA